CCAUUGCACAUUUACUACAAAGCAGUGGUAAGCUUGCAGCGCAAACAUCCGUGCUCUCGCUAUAACGUAAACAGACUGCAAGAAAAUGCCGAGUGCCGAGGAGACGACGUAUCUGAUCGGCGUGAUGCCGGACGGCGCGGCGCAGGCGGACACAUUCCUAACGCGCGACGUCGACCUGCUGGUGUCGCAGAUCAAGGAGAAUCUGCGGCUGUCCAGCCUGAAGGCCAAGUCCAGCGUCAGCCAUAAGAACAGCCGGCCGUCGCCGUACCGGAUACCGGCGCGUUCCUGGGCGGACCCGGCGGCCGGUUGCGAGGUUUGCGGCCUGCGAUCCAGCAGCCAAUCUCACCAUCAACAACAGCAGAAUCACGUGACCGGCGGUCAUCAUCAUCAUUAUCACAGCCACCUGAAGAGGACCGAGAGGAAUAGAGUGGACGAUGAUCCAUAUGAGGUGCUGCAGGAGUUAUUGCGCGAGGGCGGUCUCAUCAAAGAGGCGGUCAAGAGGUUGCAGGCGAACCUUGACGAGCUCUCGAGCUCGGAGGUGGAUGAGGACGAAGAAGUGGACGACGAGGACGACGAGCAGCGGUCCAACGGCGGCUACCGUAGAAAACCAUAUUUCUACGAUUCCGAGGACGAGCCGCUACCGCCGAUGUAUGAGCCCCUGGAACUGUGAGUCGUCCCCAGCGGGAGUGCUUGAAAAGAAUCUUCUCUGACGUUUUUUUCUCGUUCUCGCCGUGAAUGGCAUCUUUGAAUACUACUCUGUUGAAAACUACAGACAUUUCUCCGAAAUGAUCCAUUUUCUUUUGUGAUUUGGGACAAAUUAUUUAAAAAGUGGCUCGAGAUACCUGCGAAAGGGCAAGGAAAACACGUUUCCUUCAUUCUGUCGGAAAAAAAAACGUGGGAGUGAACGUGUGAGCGUGUAGCGGUGAGAAACGCGAGCGCGACCGUAGACACAAUUAGGCGAGAACUCGCCUUACAUGGCCGUGUUUGUAAAUACAUUGCGUUGUCGGCGCUGCGCGUUAAAACCUCGCUUCGUAAUGCCUCGGCC